CAGCGGAUCAUUUGAAGAUAAAUCCUACACAGUGACACACACCUUUUAAAUAAAGUUUAUCAUCUUUCCAUGUCAAAAAAGAAGAAAAGAAACUGAAAGAAAGGAUAAAUUGAAGAGGUGGAGGAUGAGGAGGAGGGGAGGCACUUCAAUUCGGAGUUACUCAAGCACAGCGUGGACAGAAGUGAUCCCCCUAUCCCAGACCCACGCAUGGGCACGGGCUGCAUAUUAUAGGCUACAGCAGACAGGAAUCCGGUGCAGCCCCCGAGAAGAGAGGCAGACACACACUUAUACAGAGAGGGAGAGAGAGAGGGGUGAGGAGGAGAAGGAGGAGAGAGUGUGUGUGUUUCUUCCUUGAGAGGGAAUCUGAACCACUUCAGCCUGCCUGCGCUGGAGCCCGAUAAUAACUACAGGACUGCUCUGGAUGAAUGUGCCGUCUCCCCCCACCUCGAGCUGCAGGCAUUUCAUUCACAAGACGGGUGAUUUAAAGCCCGAUGCCACUCAGCAGAGAGCAGAAGGACAGAGAAAAAGGGGGUCAGAUGUUUUGCCUUUCUUUCCUCUUCGACGUGCGUGAAGCGGACGCGCACCUGCGAGAGUGCCUGCUCCCCUUUUCUUUACUGAGAAGCCCAACUGGGGUGCUGCUGCCGCUGUCGCCGCUGCUGCUGCUUGGCUGAGGCUGCAUACACUUUACAGACUGGACCAGUGGACUGGGAAAAAAGACAGAAAAACAGAGAGGGAGAGGAGGGGUGAGGGUGAGCAGGAGAGAGAGGGUGCGCGUGAAACAGAGAUUGGAUGGAUUCCUCUCCUCCUCUGGCACUCCACAGGCGCUCAUUCAUUUAUUUAAGCCCGACCGACGACAGCAUGCCAAGCGCAGACUCCAGCGGCAGAGCUCGUCACAGACUUCCCAGCCAAGCGCGGGAGUGAGACGUCCUCCGUCGCACCGGCCCGGUCGCGCUCUCACCUGCACAACAUCCGCGCAGGACCCGACUUUGGCGCCCACCGGGACACCGCCGACACCCAGGACCCGACGCAGAGGAAGAGGAACCCGUCGUACAUGGGCCCCAAACCCCACGAGGCCCCUGGGAUGGCGUGCAGCGCGUGUUACUACCUGGUUAUCAGCUCCACACACCUGAGCAAUGGACACUUUCGGCGCGUCAAGGGGGUCUUCAGAGGACCGCUGUGUCCAACCGCAACCAGUGAUUCACCGGAGCGUGCAGAGAGGGCUUUGGGCUGCUCAGUGGAGGAUCUGAAGGCUCUCUUCUACUGUGAGCUGUGUCACAAGCAGUACCUCAGACACCAGGAGUUUGACAACCACAUCAACUCCUACGACCAUGCACACAAACAGAGGCUGAAGGAACUCAAGCACAGAGAGUUUGCUCGCAACGUGGCCUCGAAAUCAUGGAAGGACCAGCGCAAACAGGAGAAGGCUCUCAGGCGUCUGCACCAGCUCGCACAGCUGCAACAGGAAACCCAGCGAGCCACAGGAAGGACAUCUGGACUAAGGAGUACAGUCAGGGCUGUGAGACAGCAGCAAGACAGAGAUGUGGACCAAAGAGACCGCAGCCCUGAGGACAAACCUGAACCUUUCAAUCAUACCCAGAGAACCCCUCCUACGCAACACAGGACAGCCCGUCUCAGCCAUCAGGCAGAAGAUCCAUGCCAAUCUCCUCCUCAGAUACCCCCAGCUGCUGCUCUAGCAGAGUCCCCAAUAAUGACACAUCCGGCAUCCGAUACAGACCCUCCUGCAGUGAACCCCCAGUCUUGGUUGGGCUUGUAUCCCCAGCUGCCUCUUCCUGGGCGGGGGAGAGUGGGAGGCAGGCUUGGGGUGUCUUUCUGCUUCUCACGCAGGGGGCCCAGGCUCGAGCCUUCCGCCUCCGUUUUCUCUGACCUGGAGGAGGAGGAAAGAGAGAAGAGGGAACAAAUGAAAGAAAGGAUAAAGGGGAUGCUUGAAGACAUUGACAGGGAAAUUGGGGCAACAGAUGAGGGGAAACACAGUGAGAGUGAAAAGCAUGAGUUCAGAUCUGACAGUGUUGGACUGAGCGACACGGGGCCGAUCUCCAGAGAGGCUGCCCAUGAGGAGCAAGAGAUCGAAAAAAGAGACCUAGUGAAAGCACACUCUACUAUUUCCACAGUAGCACCUGAUAAUCAGAGCCAUGAUUCACUGUUCUUGCAAUCACAGACCCAGGAGGCCCUAUGGAGCACAGCACUUGCAAGGGCCCACAUAGACACUGAACACACAGAUAGCGAGUCAGAGAGAAAGCAAGAAACAGAGGGGGGGAGGGAGGGAAGUCAGUAUAUGUGUGUGCUGGGUAAAGAUGGCUCUACCCGUCUGAGAUGGCCCGUCAGUUUGCUCAAGUUCACCAAGUCUCAGCCACAAAUCUCCUACAGUUGCAAUCCACUCUUCUUGAACCAACAAGAACCAGAACAACUCACAGAGAAUCCGCGGGAGUCACAACAAAAUCAGUUGCGUGCUCUCUCAGAUGAAUCAGAUCUACGUGUGUCAGCUAUUCUUACACCAGACACUCCUUCCUGUUUACAAAGACAGACAAGACAAGAGCUGAAAGCACACAGACAGGAAAAAGCUAAGGAUAAUUUCAAGGCAGAGCAACAUAUCGACGCGGAGACGGAAGCACACCUGUUCCUGAAGAACAAAAACCUUUCAUUGUCAGAAACAAGAGCAGAAAGAGGUAGAUGCAUGCUAAGUAUGGAGAAUUGUGUUAGGGCAGCUUCCCAUCCAUUUGACCUAGCUCAGAAUGACAGCUCUGACACAAACUCCCAGAAUCCUCUGGGAGGCAGAUUAGGGGGUGCAAGAGGGAUCAGGGAGAGAGCCAUCAUAGCCCUGAGCUGUAAAUUAGAGUCUGUCACCCAGCCUGGCACACAGAGGAUGUGCAUCAGCCCGUCCAGGUGUGAGUGUGGGAGUGAGACAAUGUGCAAGUGUGCCAGCGCUCCGCAGCCGUACGUGGGUGUCUCAGAAGUGUCACACAAAAAGAGGAAAGCCAGCACAAAGAAACGCAAGCUGGGAAAGAGGAAGAAGGAAAAAGGUUCAAACAAGCGCCAAUCAGCAAGGUGCAAAGUGAGGAGUGUUGUCUCUACAGUCUCCACUGGCAGAGAGAGGAGUGGAGAAGCUGGAGGGAGCUGGGGGAAGAAAAGGAGGCAAAGGGAGACGGGGGAAACGAAGAGGAGGAGGAGGGUGCAGAGAGCAGGGAGCAGCUGUCUCCUGGGGAGAUGUGAGGCUGAGCCAGUAUCUGUCUCUGUCAGGAAGAGGAGGCCUCACAGGAGCCACAGCACUGAAUCCCAGUCACAGCCAGACAGAGAGCAGGCAGAACACUGCAGUGCCGACUCCCAGCUCGCCAGACACACAGCAGACAGACACAACGAGGGGGAGGGAAAGCGAGACGGAGAUGCGGUGACUUUUCCCUGGCGGUCUCACUUCUCAUUACACUCCUUCUCACCAGGAUGUAACUCAAAGCUGUUUUGGGAAAGGGGUCACCAUAGCAACCCCAGGAGUUUCAUUGACUGCUGUUACCCUGACAACAGCUGUGGUUGCAGCCCGGCGAGAAAGAGAAAACUCCUCCACAGGGACAGGAAAUUCAUUCAUAGUAAGAGGAAGAGUUCGAGGCAUCAUGAAGUCUGGGAGGAGACAGAGAGGGGCAGGAAAAUGGGAGGGCAUUCAGGUUGUAGAGACAGGGGCCUGAUGUCAGAUCCAGAACAGUGGGAGUGGAUGAGGGGGAGCUGUCCUAGAGGUAGUGAGGAGGGCAGGUCAAGGAGUGGGUGGAGAUCGAGAAACAGAGCAGGUGAGUGGGAUCGGGUGGCAAGAUUUAGCCCCAGUCCUGGCAGCUGGGGCAAGGGAGGCAGACAUCUUAGCACAGAAGAUGUAGACUGGGACAGGUGCAGUGUGGACAGAUGGACGUGGGGCAGCAGCGACAGCUGCGAAGACAGGGGGACACAUAGAUCAACGUCAGGCUCCAGGACAGGGGCGGACAGCAGAGACAGCCCGGGCUGUGUGUGGAAAUGUGCAGGUACCAGACGCUCAAGCUCGAGACACUUCUCCAGCCCUGAGUGGUGGACAAGUAGGCAGACAUACAGCCCUCAGAGUGUGAUCAAUACACGGGCCAGCAGAUGCCACAGCCCGCGCUCCUGCAGCCCCUGCAGCAGCACCAGCAUGUCGGAGCUCAGCUGGGAGUGGAGCAGGAGCAGUACCUGCUCAGGAGUCACAGUGGAUGGGUUGACAAUGAACUCCAGCAGGACAUCCUCAGGAGCUCCAGGACUCUCAUCUGAAGCCCCACAGGAGGCAAAGAAGCAGAGCAGCCCCAUGUCCACUUCAUCCAGCCUUACCUCUUGCUCUCUCUCUCAUUCCUCGCCACGCAGAUCCUCUCUUGCUCCCACAGCCCCAGGCCUCAACACACACCAUUGUGACACAAGCCCUUCUCAGCUUAAGGAGCCCAAGUCACAGUCUGAUCUUGGCCAUGAACCGUCCACUCUUGUCAAUACAAGCAGGUCAGGCACAGCUCUACCAGGACUAUCCCCUGGUAAGCCACAGAAACCAGCCAGGAUGUUGCUUCUCCCUCUCAUAGGGAAACUACCUGCAAUCCAGAGAAAGGCUAGGAGAACAAAAGGGCUGCAGGAGAAGAGUCAGGAGAAGGAGGGAGAGGAGGAAGAGGAGGCUAAGGGCAGUGGAGUGGAUCCUGGAGUACAUGUCAACAGUCAAAAGUGUCAUCUGGAAACAGUUGAGUCAACCCCCUGCAGCACGCCAAAUCUCUGCUUGUCACAGUUUAACAGUGAUGACAAGCAGAAAGGUGGAGAGACAGCUCCGCCAAUCAGCUUUACCGCUGAGGAGAUGGACAAAUAUCGUCUCCUGCAAGAGCAGGCCAGAGAGCACAUGCAGAAAGUCCUGGAACAGACGCAAGACAGCGCAGACAUACACACAGAGACAAAUUACACACACACGGCACAGACAGAAAACUGUGGGACUUCAGAGGAACAAUACACAUCUGCACCCCUGCACAACCCUUCACAGCCUCAGACCCAGUCACUUCACACAGACACAAUGCAGACACAAGCACAGCACACCCUCCAGGUCAGUCUCCCGCUUCCACACGUGACCCAACAAGAGAACUUUACUCAACCCAUGGCUAUGAGAGUCCCAAACCUCCCUCCUCUUCCACCGUCCCCCCCUCUCUCCAGCCUCCAUCAUAUCAUUUUACAACACGCAGCCCUCUCCGUGCCCCCCUCCUCCUCAUCCUCCUCCACCUCAUCUACCUCUCCCGCCAUCCACCCUCAUCCAGCUCAGCUCCCUCACCCCCUGCCCCCUCUCCACCCCUCCCUCCCUCACCACCUCCACCUCUCUCCCUUCUCCAUAUCAUCCCUGUUUCCCUCCAUCCUGCUGUCCCAUCAUCCCAUCCCUCUCCUCCACCAGUCCCCUGCUUUUCACGCGACACCACUUGCCCCACUCUCUCCGGUGUCCCUUCAACCGCUGAACCCACAGUCUUUCAUGGACAGAGCGUGGCCAGUGAGGUUUCAACAGAAGGCGUUGUGAUUUUCACAGAGUGACUGCCAUGUUUAUUAAUCUUCCUUGGCAACACAGUCUAGUGAGAGAAAGAGAGGGAAUUUUUAGUUUGGACAAAAGCCUGCUAUUUGAAAUGGCGAUGAGUCAGUGCUUUUACUAGCAUCAGCUCCAACUCUUAUUCGCAUAUGCCCUCACACACAUACACACACCUACACGCACGCACACAUGCAUACACACAAACAGCCCAGCUACUGACUGUUUUCAAAUGAAAAUUUGUUUCUCCAUCUAGCCUCUGCUGUGUUGCAGCAGACAUUGAGAAAACCGACUUUGAUCCUUUGCUUUUUCCAUCAUUCCUCAUUCAGGCCCAGAAUAAAGGGAAAGGUGCACCUGCUAUUCAAAGACAAGCUGGGCUUGUGUCAUCCUCUCUCUUUCCCUCUGAACCACAGACAGACCAGCUGCCUUUUGAAGUAUCCUUCAUGCCAGGGACAGAGGGGCAAGAAAGAGUGAUAAUACUCUCCCCUUAUCUCCAUUUCAUACAAGUUAUCUGAGUGAGAGUGUGACUUUCAACAACAUAAAUAACGUUCCAGGGACCGGGGGGCAUAGCACAGCCAUUUUAACCUUGAUGUUUACUGUAUUUGUGUGUGUAUAAGAUAGAGGUAAUUCUGAAGUGACACACACAUACACAGUAGGAAGGACAACAACUAAUUUCCAUAUCUGACACAUGUAAAGCCCGGUUUUGUCUCUAUAGUGUAAAUAUUCUGACAGUGAGUAAUAACAUUAGAAUCAUGGGAAACAAUAAAUAAAAGGUGGAUUUAACCUCGACCAGUGGUGCAAUGCUUAUUCCACACUCAGUGGCAUCUAUGAUAACAAACACUUAACAGCUUUUCAUAUUUAUAUGUGACAUAAGAUCAUUUUUUUUCCAGGAGGCAUUUAACCCAUGGGUUGUUCAGACAGCAAUGAAUGAAUUGGUCCUGAUACAUUAAAACUUGGCUGAAAAAAAUAAA